AUCUCAGACGUAAAUAUUUUGCAGAAAGAGCAUAGAAGAAGGUUGAAAUUGCAGAAAAUCCCUCCCCCCACAGCCCUCCUUAAAUAGUGAGGCAGCUCAUCCCACAACCACCAACACUCUUCUCUCUCUACAACUACAACCAAUGGUGUUUCUCUCCAAACCGGCAAUGGAACAGUUAUUGCCGCUGAUCGACCUCUCGGAACCCGACUCCCAGUCGCAGCUCGUCAAGGCCUGCGAGGAGGUCGGCUUCUUCAAGGUCAUCAACCACGGCGUCCCCUUCCAAUUCAUGGCCGACUUGGAAUCCGAAGCCAUCAAAUUCUUCUCCCUCCCCUUAUCGGAUAAGGAGAAAGCCGGCCCCCCGGACCCCUUCGGCUACGGACACAAGAACAUCGGCUGCACCGGCGAUGUCGGCUGGGUCGAAUACCUCCUCUUUACCACCGACGCCGAUUCAAUCUACCACAAGUUCGCCUCCAUUUUCGGCGAGGCUGCCGACAGAUUCCGUUGCGUUUUGAAUGAGUACUUAUCGGCGGUGAAGAAGAUGGCAUGCCGGAUUCUAGAGAUGGUGGCGGAGGGGCUGAAGAUUCAGCCGCGGGAUGUGUUGAGCAAGCUGCUGAUGGACGAGCAGAGCGACUCUGUUUUCCGGGUGAACCACUACCCGGCGCGGCCGGAGACUGAGGGUUUGAUCGGAUUCGGAGAGCACACGGAUCCGCAGAUAAUAUCGGUGCUGAGAUCGAACAACACGUCGGGGCUGCAAAUAUCUUUGAAGGAAGGGGAUUGGAUUUCCAUCCCGCCAGAUCAAUAUUCCUUCUUCAUUAAUGUGGGUGACUCCUUGCAGGUGAUGACUAACGGGAGGUUUAAGAGCGUCCGACACCGGGUAGUUGCCAACAGCCCAAAAUCAAGGCUUUCAAUGAUUUAUUUUGGAGGACCACCAUUGAGUGAAAAGAUAGCUCCAUUGCCUUCAUUAAUGGAAGGUGAAGACAGCUUGUACAAGGAGUUUACAUGGUUUGAAUACAAAAAAUCUGUUUACAAUUCAAGGCUGGCUGAUAAUAGGUUGGGCCUUUUUGAGAAAAUUGCAGCCUCAUAAUGUCACCUACUCCUUAAGUUUUCAUUUUUAACAUUUUUCAAAUAAAUAUAAUUAAUUUUCUACUCAA